AUGUAAAACAGUCCCAAAAUUUUUUUGGCUACCACAAAUGUGAUGAAAAUUCUCAAAACUAUUGAAUUAUAAAAAGAUUUUCUUAUUAUUUAUCCAUGAUGGCUUGUUCGUUGUGCUACGAAACAAAAGGAAGAAUGUUUGAUUUCGAUGGCGAUAAAGCAAUGCAAUUGCAAAUCGUCCAAAUUCUCUUCAAAUAUUUUCCAUUUUGUUUUAAUAACGAGGAGCAAAAAAAUGGUUGUAUUUGUCGAAAAUGUUGGUACAGAGUGGAUGCAUUUCAUCAGUUCUACACACGUAUUGAAGAAGUUCAGAAAAAUUACAAUCGACACGAAAUUAUCGAAGAGAGCAAAUGUGAUACAACGUUGGAAGAUACAAAAGAAUUAAUAAUUGCCGAAGAUCCUGAAUUUAUUGCGAACAAUGAUAACCAAGAUGAUAACAAUGUGACUGAAGAAUUUGACAGUAUUUCAUUUAAUGAUGGAUUUUUUGAUGCCAACGAUGAUGAUGACGAUGAUGAUGAUAACAACGAAUUAAAUAUGCCCGAAAUUAAAGAAGAAAUUGAUAAACCAACGAAAACAAACAAUGCACCGCGAACCGCGAAAAAGAAGCAGAAGAACAAACAAAAACCAAUUAAGUGCAAACCAAAGUGUGAACAUUGCGAACAAACAUUUAUGAGUGGCCGUAAAUUGCGAAAGCAUCUGAUCGAACAGCAUUCAGAAUUUCAACUGCGAUGCCAUCAUUCUGAUUGUGAAGAGACAUUUACAACGGCCGAAGAGCUCGAAAAGCACAAGGAAAGACAUGUGAAAGUUCCUUGUCCACGAUGCGGCCGAAUGAUUCAAGCCAAUAAUUUGAAAAAACAUAUCCGGCACACCCAUGAAAUCGAUCAGCGUGUUGUUUGCGAUUUAUGCGGACGAGUAUCGAGCACAAUUGUUAUGCACAAAUACCAUGUUCGAUCUGAUCACGAAGUGCACGAACGGCUACAGUGUGACAUUUGCAAAGAAUGGUAUAAGAACAAAGAAAAUCUACGAUCACACAUGAGAAGCAUUCACGUUGAAGGACCCCAAAAGUGUACAAUUUGUGGACGAAUUUCAACAAACAUGAAGGCUCUCUCAAAACAUAAGAAAAUCCAUUUAGAAGGAUCAAAAGAACGAUUCAAAUGUAUUGUUUGUGGAAAAGGAUUCCGCGAUCGAACAAAACUCAAGGAACAUUCGUAUAUUCACACAGGAGUCACCGACGCCUACGUUUGUCAAUUUUGCGGUAAAGCAUUCCGUUUUGGUUCCAGUAUGUAUGCACAUCGAAAAAAAGCCCAUCCCGUUGAAAUGAAUGCGCUAAAAGUUAAUUGAAUUAAUUUUUUUUUACACACAUUUUUAUUAAAUAUUUGUUAUGGGCUUUUUGAAAAAACCAUACCAAAUAGGUAUACUAAGUUUAAAGUUUUAUCUUAAUUUUCAUAAUGUUAAAAGUAUGUGAAUCGAAAUAAAAAAAAUAUACAUCUC